AUGGCCUUUUUGGUAAUCCAUGUUGGCGCAGGAAAUCAUCCAGAGUCCCAAAAAGAGGAUUAUAAGCGUCUUCUAAGGACUGCCCUUCGCUCUCGAUCGUUUGUUCAAAGUAGCGCUAUCAUUGAGAGAUCACCACUCACAAACACAGGCUACGGCUCUUCUUUGGAUAGGUUUGGGAAGGCGUCUUGUGAUUGCACGUUGGUGCAGUCCACUGAUGGAGCUGUUGAUGUUCUAUCGCUCCUAGGCGUGGAUGAUAAAACGUCACCCACAAGGGAAUGUGUUCAGGUGAAGAAGAAAAUUGACGAUGAAUUCUCGUCUGUUGAUAAGCUCGGUCUACUGAAACCCACAGUUCUCCAAUACGAGAAGAUUAGGGACCAAUUCGGUACUGGCGAGAGUUCCUCCUUGGUUCUGUCCAACUCAAAGGCAUUGUAUGAGAAGUACAAGAACUUAACCAGUGCGCCUAUAGAGUCAAUUCAGGACACCAUUGGUGUGCUUCACUGGGACAAAAAAUUGUCCAUGGCAACAUCAUCAGGAGGAACGUUCUUGAAAUUUCCUGGACGAGUUAGCUGUGCUGGAAUAUAUGGCAGCGGCAUAGCUCAUAUAGAGAUGGAAAACUUAUCCAUAAGUUGCAUGUGUUCUGGGAACGGAGACGAUAUUAUCAAGAUUAGGCUAGCUAGUAUUGUCGCAGAUAACCUUUUGCAAUCACACAAGAAAGAGAAGUGGCCGGAAUACCCAAAGGUCAUAGUUGACAGCAUUAUAGAACAGAGUAGGCACGCCAGUCUAUCUGGACUCAAUGAUAAGAGCGAGCCAAUUAUAUACGUUGGUGUGCUAGCUGUGAUCCGGAUUGGAGAAAGAGCUACGUUGAUAUACUGCCAUAGCACUGAGUCGUUUUACUUUGGCUUUCUGAACUUUAAAGGCGAACGAGAAAUCGUCUUGAGCAGGCAGCUAGAUAAGUCACACAUAGGAAGUUUCGUAAGCGGACAAUACAAAUUAUGA